AUGAAGUUAUUUACAGCGUUCAGUCUAUUUGCCGCAGUAGAGGGUGCUUCCCUCUUGCAGCUACAAGAUGCCGUUCAAUCAAUCUUAUCAAACGAAGCGCAUGCAACGCGACCGAAUAUCCUCUUCGUAAUCACCGAUGAUCAAGACUUGGAGCUGAACUCGAUCAAUUACACACCUCAGAUCACCAAGCACAUCCGCGACCGCGGAACCUUCUUCCGCAAUCAUUUUGUCACAACAGCACUAUGCUGCCCGUCACGGGUGAGCCUAUGGACCGGUCGCCAGGCGCAUAAUACCAAUGUGACCGAUGUCAGUCCGCCAUACGGCGGAUAUCCCAAAUUCGUGGAACGCGGCUUUAACGACGCCUUCCUCCCCGUGUGGCUACAACAGGCCGGCUAUGACACCUACUACACGGGCAAAAUGUUCAACUCGCACACAGUCGACAAUUACCACAGUCCGCACAUUAACGGAUUCAACGGGUCCGACUUCCUCUUGGACCCAUACACCUACUCCUAUCUCAAUUCCACAUAUCAGCGGAACCACGAGCCGCCUGUCAGCCACGAGGGCGAACACACCAUCGACGUGAUCACCGGGAAAGCACUCGGAUUCCUAGACGAUGCAUUAGAAGGGGAUCGCCCAUUCUUCCUCGCGGUGUCGCCGGUGGCGCCGCACUCCAAUGUCGACCCGCAUGCAAUUUCCUCAGGAAAGAUCAUCAUGUCGGAGCCGAUUCCAUUGGAGCGCCACCAGCAUCUCUUUGAGAAUGUGACUGUUCCCCGCCGAGCGAAUUUCAAUCCCGACAAGGCUAGCGGAGUAAGUUGGGUCCGGGAUUUACCCCAGCAGAACGAAUCGGUCGUCGCAUACAACGACCACUUCUAUCGCUCUCGCCUACGCGCAUUGCAGGGUGUAGACGAGCUGGUCGAUUCCCUAGUCACCAGACUGGAAGAGAGUGGUCAGCUGGACAACACGUAUAUCAUCUAUACGUCCGACAAUGGCUUCCAUAUCGGUCAGCACCGAUUGCCGCCCGGGAAGACCUGCGGCUUUGAAGAGGAUAUCCGGGUGCCGCUGUUUAUCCGUGGUCCUGGCGUUGCUGAGGGCCUGGAGCAGGAUGCAGUCACGACCCAUGUCGACUUGGCGCCUACUUUCUUCCAUAUUGCGGGGAUUCCGGCGCGAGCGGACUUUGAUGGUACUGCCAUUCCGAUCACGCCGGAUUUCGACGCUGAGAGACAUGAACAUGUUACGGUGGAGUAUUGGGGUCGGUCGGUUAUGGAGGGGGUUUUCAGUGGAAUUGGGCCGGGUGGUUCAACCAUGAUCUCAAAUAACACCUACAAAUCAGUUCGCCUUCUAGGCGAAGGAUAUAACCUAUAUUACUCAGUGUGGUGCAACAACGAACACGAACUAUAUGAUCUGUCGACCGACCCACACCAACUACACAAUCUAUAUCCAGGAACCUCUCUAUCCACCGAAGAUACCCAAAUCCUCGGUCGCAGCAUCAGCCAAGCAAUCACCCGGCUAGACGCUCUUCUCAUGGUCCUCAAGUCCUGCCAAGGAACCACCUGCAUCCAACCCUGGAACGUUCUCCAGCCGCAGGACUCGGUGAGCACACUCUCCGACGCUUUAAAUAGAAAGUACGACGGAUUCUACGGCGCCCAGCCGCAAGUCUCAUUCGACUGGUGCGCGGAUGGGUAUAUUAUUGAAGCGGAGGGAGAGCAGGUGCCGUUGAUUAGUCGGUAUGGCGUUUCUUGGGAUGUGUGGGUGUAG